AUGACCGCGCGAGAUCAUGCCGCCAAACCGCCAAUCAAAGUUCCCUCUUCGCGCGAGAAGCCCAUGAGACCACGUGAUGCGCCCAGGGGCCCUUCCGAGGCACGGGGAGAAUGCUUGCUGGUUACGCGCAGUGGACCAAGUGUCGUCGGAGAAGGGUCAACAAUCAUACGCAUUCUGUGCCAUGAAAUUCCACCACCUCAGGAAGAAGGUAGUGGCACAAACCCGGGAUAUAUUGGCAUAUCUAAUGUGAUUUUCGGUCUUGUUGCUUGUCAACCAUCAAGGGUGCCAAAUACAUACUCGGACCUGAAAUUGUUCAGGGAGUAUGCUAAAAGAGAAAAGGUAGAAAACCGCCAGGGUGCGGUCAAAGGGUACGACAAACGUCGGCUGAAAAAUAAGAGAGGAUGUGGUAACAAUGAUAAGAGCCGCGAUGUCGACGUUUGA